AUGGCGGAUAAGAAGUACUUUUGGAAGGAAGAGAGAGCGCCGGAGGAUCCGGACGAGUCCUUCAUAGAAUUUAAGGCGAAGUUGUCGGCCAUCGGGGAGACUUCCGGGUCUGGUCCCAAAACGGCUGUUUCCACUUCCUCGGCGAAACCGGAAGCGGCGAAUCGCGGCGAGGAUGCGGAACGAGGUGGCUGGGACAACAAGUUGGAUUUCCUCUUCUCCUGUAUAAGCGUUUCCGUUGGCCUUGGGAAUGUGUGGCGCUUCCCAUACCUGUGUUACAAAAAUGGAGGCGGGGCGUUUCUGGUCACCUAUGGGAUCGCCAUGGUGUUCUGCGGGAUACCUAUAUUUUUCCAAGAAGUCGCCAUUGGCCAGUACCUCGGUGCAGGCGGGAUGACCCUGGUGGGUCAGCUGUGCCCAUUGCUGCAGGGUGUCGGCUACGCUACGAUGACGAUCGUUUUCUUCCUCGACAUCUACUACUGCGUCAUCAUUUCAUGGACGUUGUUCUACCUCAUCAGCAUCUUCACGACCCUGCCGGGCUUGCCUUGGAGUGGCUGUGGAAACUGGUGGAACACCGAGAAUUGUUUCGAUGCUCAGAGUGCCGAGAAUUCGACCAAAUUGAGUCAUAAGAGUCACCUGGCGAACAGUAGUGCUCACCACACGACCCCUGUCGAGGAGUUCUGGGACCGAAGAGUGCUUGGAAUUAGCAGCGGAAUCGAGGAUCUCGGCGGGAUGCAGUGGGAGCUCUUGGGUUGCCUGAUCCUCGGCUGGCUGCUCGUAUACCUCAUCAUCAGACGUGGCCUCCACCAGAGCGGUAAGAUCAUCUGGUUUUCGGCCUUGUUCCCGUACGUGGUGCUUUUCAUUCUUUUGGGAAGAGCGGCGACCUUGGACGGAGCCAGAGAUGGUCUCUUGUACUACGUAACCCCAAGGUGGGAGGAACUCCUCAACCCAAGACCCUGGAUAGAUGGAGCCACGCAGAUCUUUUUCGCGUACAGCAUCGGUACCGGGGCACUUCCUGCUCUGGGCUCCUACAACAAGUUCCACCAUAACUGUUACAAAGAUGCACUAAUCACUUGCGUAGUCAACACUCUGACCUGCCUUCUGGCCGGCUGUGUGACAUUCUCCAUUUUGGGACACAUCGCUCUUGAACAAGGCACGGAAGUGUCCGAGGUCGUCAAGAGUGGACCUGGACUGGUGUUCCUGACCUACCCUGAAGUGGUGCUCAAGUUGCCAGGUGCCCCCGUCUGGGCGUUCAUUUUCUUCGUCAUGCUUAUUAUCCUGGGCAUUGACAGCGAAUUCUGUAUCGUGGAGUCUUUCAUCACAGGAGUCGUGGACUACUGGCCGGAUGUUCUUCGGCCACAUCGAAACCAAUUUACCAUCGCCAUUUGCGUCUUGAUGUUCCUACUGGGAGUCCCCAUGGUGACACGUGGCGGAGUGUACAUCUUCCAGUUGAUGGAUUUCUACUCCGCCAGUGGCAUGUCCAUUUUGUGGGUCUGCUUCUUUCAAACAAUCGCCAUCUCCUGGAUUUUCGGCGUGAAGAAGUUUUGCGAUUGCGUCCACCAGAUGAUGGGUGUUCGUCUGAACAUGUUCUGGUACAUUUGCUGGCUGGUGUUCGCGCCUGUUAUCAUGGCAUUCAUCUUCGUCUUUCAAUGCGUUCAGUAUAAACCAUUGAAGUAUGGCAACAGUUACGAAUACCCAACAUGGGCAGAGGUGCUUGGAUUCGGCCUCAGCUUUUCGUCCAUGAUCUGGAUACCGGCCUACGCGAUUUAUUACGUGAUCGUUAUGCCGGGCUCUAUCAAGGAGAACAUCCUGAAGGGUCUGCAGCCGAAUAUAAAAUCCAGGGCGAAGCUGCCGAAGGGUGAGAAAUCGGCGGUGAUACCGAUGUCGGAAAGCAGUGCUGGCCUGAUUUCCAAAAAUAAUAGUUUCCUAAAUCAGUAG